AUCAUCAAAAUCAAAAUGGGAAAUUUUGAGCUACACAGUCGUCGACUCGUGGUGGAGUCCGAAAUCCUGUACUUCCCUCAACGGCAUAAACCCUAAUUUGUUGUUUCUGUCUCAUCGUCCGUGUUCCUAGAACAUCAACAAUGGCGUCCAGACGAUUUCUCACCACAUUAGCCCGCCAAACUUCUUUCUUCUUUUCAAAUUAUCAUCCUCACUCUUUUCACCCUUUCAAAUUCAUACUUUCUAACCAUCUUCACCGCCUGCCUUACAUCUUCUCUUCUCAAUUUCAUUAUCAUUCAUUCAUUUUCCGCAAGUUUUCUUCCCGCACUCAAAACCCUAAAUCUCCGAAAUUUAUUGAAAUGGAAGACAAUGAUCACUCCGAAGACGACAAUGAAGAUGAAGAAGAGGAGGAAGAUUAUUCAAGUCAAGAGGAAGGUAGAUGUAUCUCAAAUGAACCAUCUAAGCUUGCUGAAAGAUCGUAUUUUGUCGAAAAUAAAAUUAAAGAAGCUGCUGAUAUUGGUUAUAAGGUUAUUGGCCCUCUUCAACCUAGUGAUCGGGUCUUUAAGAACUAUGAACCGGUUUUUGCUGUUGUUCAGGUUGGGUCACAUCAGUUUAAGGUGAGUAAUGGAGAUUACAUAUAUGUGGAGAAACUCAACUAUUGCGAAGUUAACGAUAAGCUGAUAUUAAAUAAGGUCAUGAUGGCGGGUUCAGCAUUUCAAACCAUGAUUGGGAGGCCUAUAUUGCCAGAUGUGGUGGUUCAUGCUGUUGUGGAGGAGCAUGCUUUAGAUGCCAAAGUGAUCAUAUUUAAAAAGAAGAGGAGAAAGAACUACCGGAGGACCAAAGGUCACCGACAGGAGCUCACUCGGUUGAGAAUAACUGACAUCCAAGGUGUUGAAAAGCCAGAAACACCACCUGUUGGAAAGAUGUCAAAACAAUCAUCUAAGAAAGUACAAAAGGUAGCAGUGGCUGCAUAGUCAAGGUAUCAUGUGAUCAAUGUGGCAAUUAGUCCGUAUUUACCAGUUCAAAGCUUAACUCUUGCAAACCAACACAGCGUAUCACCAAUUACAUGUCAUAUUUUACUCAUUUUAUGCAAGGUAAAAGUAUUAUCAGCAAAAGAAUCUGGUUCUUGACCCCACAGAUUAUAUUGAUUUUUGUAGGUAUAUAAGUUGCUCAAUUCAUAAACCAUUAAAGAGACCUGUCAAAUUUAUCCUUGGAAUGAAAGGAGCUAGAAUUUUGCAGAAAUUAGUUGGAUUGCAUAGUAUUCUUUAAUGAAAUUAUCUGUUUGCCCAUACCCAGUUUGUUCAUAGAUCAGUUUUCCCCCUUGUAAGAAUUACAGAAGGGAUGUUUUGGCCAA